AUGGGGAAGCGGGGUGCUGGCAGCAAAGCACCAGUUGCAGUGUCUGCUGAUGUGCUAGCAUUGGUGGAGAGAGCCAAGCAUCUGCAGGGAAAGGCAACGAAGCCAGCUGCAGAGACGCCUCGCAUGAAAGCCCCCGUCGCAACGCCGGCUCGCACGAAAAUCAAGGUGCCGGAAGUGAAGGAAACCAUGGACCCCGAGGCCACGCAGAUCGAGCCCACCCAGGUCGAGUCCGAGAUGGAACUUGAUCCUGCCCCAGCUGCUGAUAGCUGCAAGCCGAGCCCAAUGAGUGCAACCAGCACGCCGCACAAGUCACCGGAUUUGAAACGAAUGAAGCCCGGUAUGAGCUGCGAAAGCCUUUCUAGCUCGGUCCCGUCCCUCCCAAGCUUCAGCGGCAGCGAACGCCGGCCGCACCACUCUGAUUCUGCGACAACUCUCAUCUUGCCGGGUUACUUCGACAAGUUGAAGAUUGGAGAAGGUUCACAGGAUCUGAGUGGCAUCGUGGAGGCCCUCACGGCAAUGGUGGAUGAUGCCAAGCCAGCAGAGCGAAAAGACACCUUGGAUGAUGUCGUUGCAGCAGCAAUGAACGAGCCCGUGGAUGCACCGUCAUCAGAGGCACCGCCCACCGCAGAAGUCCAUGCAGAGAUCCCGUCAUCAGAGCCACCGCCCGCCGCAGAAGCCCAUGCAGAAAUCCCGUCAUCAGAGCCUACAGAAGCCCAUGCAGAAAUCCCGUCAUCAGAGCCUACAGAAGCCCAUGCAGAAAUCAUCCCGUCAUCAGAGGCUACAAAAGCCCCUGCAGAAAUCCGGUCAUCAGAGGCUACAGAAGCCCCUGCAGAAAUCCCGUCAUCAGAGCCUACAGCUAUAGCUAUUGCUCCUGCACCAGGCCCGGUUUCUAGAGCCACCACUAGGGAGCUGGAUUAUGAUCUGGAACGGCUCAUGGCUUUCGAAGAAGCCACAGCAGCUACGCAGCGAGCAGAGGAAGCAGAGCACAUGCAGGAGGCCGUGAACAGGCUUGUUAAGGCCAUGCUGAAGAAGGGCAGCCUUUCGGCAGAGAAGUCUGCCAAGAUCCAAGCAGUGCUGGGGCGACGAGAUUCAAUCGAUGAUAUCGCUCAUCUCGCAGCAGACCUAGAGCAGCAAGCUGAUGCAGAUGCCCAGCUCGUUCUUCCUCACCCGGCAGCUGCCGGCUCGCAGGAGAAGCCCCCACCCAUGGCUGCGACCCCGCCGCCCACAGCAGCGGCAAAAGCUCCCAGUCCGACCCCGGCCCCGACAGACACGAAGAGUGCACGCGAAGACGUGACAGCGCCACCGCCACCAUGCAAAGCAGAGCCACAGCAGGCAAGCCAAGACGAAAAGAGCCCCGAGGAGAUUGAAGCUGAGUGGCAGGCAAAGGAGCGAAAGAGGCUAGCACACAACAGCUAUAUGCGGUAUGGCCGAUCCCUUCGCAACUCGAGCUGCAGCAACAAUUGCCCACCCGAGAUCUACAACAAGGUCUUCACCGCCGAUGGAAAAUCCAGUGCUAUGGCCGCCUCAGUGUUAGGAGGAACCAAAAUCAUGAGACAUUUCUACGAGAUGUAUGUCAGUGCCAAUGAAAACUGGCUCCAGAGCUCAGUGAUGGUCAACAUCCGGAAUUCCUCUAAGGGAAAGAAGACCGGCAAGUAUGUAUGGAAGCAAUGGCAAAAGCUGGCCGAGGAGUGUUUUAGCUGCAAAAGGCAUGGGGAAGACAUCGCCAAUGGCAUCGCCGAGAACAAGAAAAAGGAAGACCCGGCGGGGUCGGGACGGUGGUGGAUGAAGCACCCCGAUGUCGACAAGAAGGAGUACGAGCUGUAUAAGGUCUUCGACUCGAAAGUUGAGUUGAGGGAGGAUGAAGAGGAGUUCGACUUCACCUUGGGAUUCGAGAUGCAGUUGGAUGGGCCAGGGACAAGGUCCGAGUGCAUGAAUGGCCCGCCGCUGGUCGCAGAGCCUGGGCAGAGCUCGAGGGCUUUGCCGAAUCCGGGCUCAAAUGCCGGUGGCUCGAACACCAACAAUCCGGGCGGUGCUUUCGCUGAUGCACUCAUCCUUGACAUUGCCCCAGCGAUUGUCAAAAUGAAGGAAGCUUACAGCAAUCUUCAGCAAAGCAUGACCAAGGGCCUCCCAGACGAGCAGCUUCAGCCGAUUUGUGAUGCUAUGGUUGCAGCAAGCAAAGACUACGACGAGAAGUACAAGACCUUGAAACGAGCCUGCCCUUCCAAGGCGAAGCCAAAGGCGGCCAAGGGGCAAGCCGCUCCCGCGACGCCGACGGUGUAG